CGACCAAUCAGCGGCGGUUGCGGCCUGUGGGGGCCGGUCUCGGGCAAUGAGGAGGUCCGAGUGACGUCUCUGCGCACCAAUCGGGAGUGAGAGAGCGUUGGAGCCCGUCCGCCCUUCCGGCCUGAGCUCUAUUUACUAGGGGCGUGCAGCCCGCCUGCCAAUCAGGGCGCAGCUGAGUGGCCAGGCAGCCAACCCCGGAGGAGCGGCCGGCCGACGUCCGCCGCACCCAGGAGUUGGGGAUGUCCUACAAACCGAUCGCCCCCGCCCCCAGCAGCACCCCGGGCUCCAGCACCCCUGGGCCCGGCACCCCAGUUCCUACAGCCGGAAGUGUACCGUCGCCGUCGGGCUCGGUGCCGGGAGCCGCUGCCCCUUUCAGACCCCUGUUUAACGACUUUGGACCGCCCUCCAUGGGCUAUGUGCAGGCGAUGAAGCCACCCGGCACCCAGGGCUCCCAGAGCACCUACACGGACUUGCUGUCGGUCAUAGAGGAGAUGGGCAAAGAGAUCCGACCCACCUAUGCUGGCAGCAAGAGCGCCAUGGAGCGCCUGAAGAGAGGCAUCAUCCAUGCCCGGGCCCUAGUCAGAGAGUGCCUGGCAGAGACAGAGCGAAACGCCCGCACGUAACAGGAAGCACCUACACCUCCGAGUCUGGACCUUUCCGGGCCACUGCAGGGCACCUGCUUCUCCCUGGCCUUCACCCUGAGUUGCACUUCCUGUCCUGUGUCCCUUGGUGGGUGCCAUCCAGGAACCAGGGGGUGGCUCUUACUCCAGUUGGCAGCACUAACAUGGGACCCCUGGAAUACUUAGCAGAGAGGUCACUGUGAGUCCCACUCAUGAGCUGCCAGCAGUGUUGAUCCAACUGGAGCUUUCUUCUUUUUGUGGCCCCCACCACUCAGCACUUACC